AGUAACAGUGAAACAGUGAAUCCAAGAAACCUGACACUCUUCUUGAACAAAGAGCCGCCAAGAACCAGGAAACUGCAGCUCAUUUUUGAGAUUCAUUACACCCUAUGGAGAAAACUAGGACGUGAUGGGAAACGUUGGUAGCAGCAAAUUGUGGCCUGUCUCACUCGGGGGAAAGAAGAAAAGUAAACAUAAUGGUUCAAAGAAAAGACACUCUACUAAACGUACCCAAAAACCACCCAAUGAUGCACCCACAUAUGACACAGUAGCAGAGGUUCCUGUUUACGCUGUUGUGGACAAGGCCAAGCAAAAAAAAACUAAAGAAGAAAAUAUUCAUUAUGCAGAUAUUGAGGUCUUACGUCGUCCCACCACAAACACCUCCAAACGGAAGCCUGACAUUCCCCCAAAACCAGAAGCAACAGAGUACGCUUCUAUUAACUUUCCUAAGGAAUACAAUCCUGUCAAAGGUACUCUGGUCUAAUAAGCACUGCUUAAGCAUUAGGAUACUCUGGAGUACGAUUUGUUUGUUUCUGGAUAUUAUUGGACUUGAUUAGAUACAUCUUUUUGUAGUAAACCUUGGAAUCUGCAAUGGAACAUGCAAUGCAAAAAAUUCUAACCUUGAGUAUCUAGCAGAACAACCUCUCUAUGAAGCUGUUUCUACAAAAAGACUGAACUGUCUGAAGGACAUUAUUAUAAUUAUUCUUUAGGUUAUAUGGGAACUCUGUAUUUUUUUUUAUUUAUUUUCAUGAUGCCAAAUUAAAGUGGUUCCUGCUUUCAUGUUAUGUAAAAAGGGGAACUUAAUGUAGUUACUACAAUCCUUAUAUUUUCCUAAAUACGUUCCUGUUUUAUGGCACCUGUCAUCUUUUGGUACCAAGAUGCAGAGAGGAAAUGCUGAGGAUGGCCUGAGGAUCAAAAGCGAUAUGUAAAUAUUACUUUAAAGGGGUUGUACACCUUUGAGUUAACUUUUAGUAUGAUAUAGACAGUAAUAAUCUGAGACAAACUGCAGCUGCUCUUCAUUUUUAUUAUUUGUAGUUUUUUAAUUAUUUCAGUUUUUGUUUGGCAGCUCUCUAGCUUGGAGUUUUAGCAGGUAUUUGGUUGCUAGGAUCCAAAUUACCUUAGCAACCAGGUGUGGUUUAAAUAAAAGAGUGAUAUAUGAAUAGGAGAGAAUAGAAAAAUAAGUAAUAUAAAGUAACAAUUAAACUGUAGCUUAACAGAGCAAUACGUUUUUUGGCUCAGGCAUCAGUGACCCCCAUACGAAAGUGUUAGAAAAAGGCAAAUAAUUAAAAAACUAUGAAAACCAAAUAAUGAAGAUUAAACAAAAAACAAAUAAGGUUGCAAGCUUACGUAGAAUAAAGCAAUUACUAUGCUGCAUCUUGUAAAAUGUCAUCCAGAUCCACUAAACAUGAUUUUUGUUUUUUAAAAGCAGAUAUAAUGGUGCUGACUACAAACAUUUCUAUAUUUACUGUUUUCAUAAUAAUCGUGUUUAAGUAAUAAAAUCUAUAAUAAUAAUAAAAUCUACAGAGGUAGUGUA